AUGCCCAUGGUACAAUGGUCAAGCUGCAACAUUUUCUCCACUCAGGACCAUGCUGCUGCUGCUGCCAUUGCUAAAGCCGGUAUUCCUGUGUUUGCCUGGAAUGGGGAGACCGCCGAGGAAUACUUGCAGUGCAUCGAGCAGACCCUCUAUUUCACGGAUGGGCAUCCAUUGAACAUGAUUUUAGAUGAUGGUGGGGACCUCACCAACCUGGUUCAUACCAAACACCCACAGCUCCUGAAAGGAAUUAAAGGCAUCUCGGAGGAGACGACUACCGGGGUUCACAACCUCUAUAAGAUGAAAGCUAAUGGGAGCCUGAAAGUGCCAGCCACCAACGUCAAUGAUUCUGUCACCAAGAGUAAACUCGAUAACCUUUACGGUUGCCGAGCGUCCCUUAUCGAUGGCAUUAAACAUGCCAUGGAUGUCAUGAUUGCUGGGAAAGUGGCCGUCGUGGCAGGCUACGGUGAUGUUGGCAAAGGUUGUGCUCAAUCCUUGAGAAACUUUGGAGCCAGGAUCAUCAUCGCGGAAAUUGAUCCAAUCCUGAUCUAG